AAGAUGGUCAUUGAAAUUUGGGCUGGUAUUCCAAAGCCCGUUGAUCUACCCGCUUUCCACCACACCAAUUUCAAAUUCGAAUUUCAAAACAAAAACAAAACUUUUGAAUCUUCUUCGUCUUCUUCCAUUUUCAUUUCCAGCUUCGAACAACAACACAAAUCAUCCAUCAAUGGAAGGUAACGAUUUUCCAUGUCCAUCACCCUCACCUUUUCGCUCUUCACUCCUCAAAGACAUUUCCAAUUUCAAAACCCCUAAACGAACUUCUUUCUAUCUCAACCCUCAACAAUCACCAUCCUCUCAUUACUUCACCGCUUCCAAAUCCAAAAACACCACACUCCUUCGUCGUCCCAAGAAAUCUUCAUCAGCUGCUACAAACAAACUCAAAGCAUUUCAACUUGAACACUCUAAUUCUUCUCGAAUCGCACAAAUCAAAAAACAACAAUCCCUAAAAUCACUAGCCAAAUCCCUCACUGUUUGGCUCAAUUUUCUUCUUCAAUCUCCUGCUUCAUGUGGUUGCGAUGUUUCAAUCGCCGGAACUCAGAUCGUUGAUGCUUCCAAGGUCACUAAGGGGAAACGUGAUAAUGGUCCGGGAAUUUCGGUUGGUGUUGAUUCUACAUGGCGAACUCCCAAGAGACAGAGGAAGAUGACUUGUUCGUUGCGUUUUGGUAAGGAAAAUGUAUCUGCUACGGAUUUGCAGAGUUCAUCGUUUUCGCGUUUGAGGGAUUCUCUGAACGAUGUAUGCAGUUUUGAUGAUUUCAAGCAGCGAAUGAGUGUUUAUUUGAGCCUCGGAACUUGUGAAGAAAUCUUCCAAGUCAUGAAUCAAGUUACCAAGACAAUUGAUGAAGGAAGGCUUAAUAUGAAGGCACAUUGUCCAAUUGUGACCGAUUUUGGGUUGAAGGAUAAGGCCAUAAAAAUUCUUAUGUGUUACAAUCCAAGUUGGCUUCGAAUUGGAUUAUAUAUAAUUUUUGGUGGGGAUUCUUUAGUGUCAAAUGGGGAUGGUGAUUCUGAUCAAGAUGUUAUUUUUCUAAAAAUGGUCAUUGACAAACUGUUUUUUACGCAUGAGGGUUUAGCGAAAGCAUAUGCAUAUAACAAGAUGGUUGAAGGAGUUUAUAGGGCUGGUUACUAUGAGAAUUUGGGGAAUGUGAUUUUGAAGAGAAUAUUGUUGCUUGUGCUUAUCCUUGAUAAAGCUAAAUGUCAAAGUUGUCUCCCAAUUGAGUAUGGUAUUGACGGAUUAGAUGGUGGAUCCCCUUUAUUGUUCAAAGCAGAAUCUUUGGUUAAAUCAAGUAGUCAAGUGAUCCAGGAAUUUUUGUCAUCUGAUGUAAUGCGCGGAGAAGGCAAUCUUCUAACACAUUUGGUUAUUUUAGGAUACAAAGUAUCUCACCAACAGGGGCCUCUUGUUGAGUAUGAUUUCCGGGUCAGAGAUUUAUUUACAGAUCUCCAAGACGGACUAAAACUGUGCAGAGCUAUUCAUCUUUUGCAAAAUAAUUCUUCUAUCCUUAAGAAAAUUGUUGUUCCUUCUGACAACCGCAAGAAAAAAUUGGUAAACUGUGGUGCUGCCCUACAAUAUCUUAGACUAGCCGGGGUCUCACUAAUUGAUGAAGACGACACAAUGAUUUUAACAGAGGAUAUUAUUAAUGGAGAUAAAGAACUUACAACUUCUUUGCUCUGGAAUAUGUUUGUUCACUUGCAGCUACCUUUGUUGGUUGAUAAAACAAGUUUAGUUGGGGAAAUUUCUAAAAUUCGCGGACUUGGCACGGAUCUCAUAAGCAGUGCAAAUUCUAGUUCUCUGGAAUUGCUUUUGAAAUGGAUUCAGGCUGUUUGUGACAAUUAUGACUGCCCAGUUGACAAUUUUCAUUCCCUUGUUGAUGGCAAAGCAAUCUGGUGCUUACUUGAUUAUUACUUCCAGAAGGAACUUCACAAUGUCUGCUCGUUGAAGGAAGUUUAUGAAAAAAGUGGAAAGACAUCAAUUAUGUCAGUUAAUGAGUAUUCUGAUGCACUGUACAAUUUCAUAUUAUCCCAGAAAUUGACCACGUUACUGGGGAAUUUUCCUGAGGUACUUCAGAUUAGUGAGCUACUUCAAUAUAAUGGCGCUUGCAGUGAUCGAAGUGUGGUGAUAUUAGUUGUUUUCCUGGCAAGCCAAUUAUUUGUUAAGAAAAAAGUGGAUCAGUUAAAUUUUCAUAAGCUAUUGGGUUUUGCCGGCCAAAGCACAAAUCUUAGGAGUUUGAGGACGGUGCAGUGCCAUUCCAGUUCUGAAUCAGCACAAAAGCCUUAUGCUUCAGAUGUGUGUGACAAUGAAGAUGCGGCAAGAAAAUUCAAGGCCAUCCAGACAUGGUGGCAAGAUAUGGCUGAUCGAAACUGUAGUAUGCAGCCGGUUAUUUCUAUUUUGCGGACAUCUAGGACCAUUGAAAGCAACAUCACCAUUAGAAGAGAAAAUGCUGCAAGAACAAUACAAGCACAUGUCAGAGGAUUGGUUGUACGGCGCAAGUUUCUGAAGAUGGUAACUGCUGUUGCCCUUUUGCAGUCUGUUUUCAGAGCUUGGCUGAAAGUGAGGCAGGAGUCGGUCUGCAUGAUAUUCACUACCGGUCAAAUCUAUGAUUUCUCAUGUGAAACAUUGAAGCAAUCCGAAAUAUAUGAGAGCUAUGCCAUGCUUUUCUAUCAUAGACAUUCUUUUUUGAGGUUGAAAAAGUCAGCACAGCUUAUCCAGAAAUCAGUGAGGAGUUGGCUCUAUUGGAGGUCUCAACAAGGAUGUAGUAUAAGUCCUGACAUCAUGAUUAUAGACAUGGUAGCUGCUGCCACCACUGUUCAGAAAUUUUUUCGUGGUUGGAUGGCGCGAUCUAGAUAUAUUCAUCAGCUCGAUCAAAAAGAAAAAGCUUUAAAUUUAGCUGAACAGAAGCUUAUCUUUGAUCUUGAAACAAAGGCAGCUGUUAGCAUACAGCUUGCUUGGAAAAACUACAUAUGCUGCGAGUCUACAAGGAAGGAGCACUUGUUUGCAACUAAAAUUCAAUGUAAUUUCCGUAGGUGGUUAUUGAGAAAACAAUUUUUAAAUCAGAUUCAAGCUGUCAUAAAAAUUCAAUCAUAUUUUCGAAUGUGGAGAUGUGUGAAUGCUAUUCAGAACUUCAAAACCAUGUUUAAGGCUGUUAUUGUCAUUCAAUCCUUUUUUCGUGGAUGGAUUGCUCGGAAGGAUGCUUGUGCUCGUAGAUAUAUUCACCAGCUCGAUCAAAAAGAAAAAAAGGAGCACCUGUUUGCAACUAAAAUUCAAUGCAAUUUCCGUAGGUGGUUAUUGAGAAAACAAUUUUUAAAUCAGAUUCAAGCUGUCAUAAAAAUUCAAUCAUAUUUUCGAAUGUGGACAUGUGUGAAAGCUAUUCAGAACUUCAAAACCAUGUUUAAGGCUGUUAUUGUCAUUCAAUCUUUUUUUCGUGGAUGGAUUGCUCGGAAGGAUGCUUGUGCUCGUAGGAAUCAGAUUGUUGAGAUUCAAAGGUAUUGCCGGGGUUGGCUUGUGAAACGGAAUUUCUUGUUCCAAAGAGAUGCUAUAAUAAAGAUCCAGAGUGUCAGUCGAAGUUUGAAAUGCCAAAAAACACUCAAUUGUCAGAAAGAUGCUGCAUUGGAGAUCCAGCGCUUCAUCAGGGGGCAUUUAACUCGAAAUCGGAUAUUAGGUAGUGCUUCAAAUUUACGUGCAGUUGAUACUGGUAGUUGCACUUCGAGACCAGUUGGCUUACGAUGUUUUCAACUUGAAGCAUUCAUGUCUGCAAUAGUGAAAUUGCAACGGUGGUGGAAGGGUCUCCUGUUGCUUAAACGAAGGAUUAGAUCGGCCAUCUUAAUCCAGUCUUGUACUCGUGGGUGGAUUGCCAGACGAAAGGCCAUAGUUGAGACACACUGUAUUAAUGUCAUGGAAGCUCUUAAAAGCCAAGAAUAUGCCGCAUUGGAGCUCCAGCGCUAUAUUAGGGGGCAUUUAACUCGAAAUUUGUUAUUAGGCAGUGCUUCUAAGCUACGUGCAGUUGCUGCUCGAUGCAUUUCAAAACCAACUGGCUGUUCUAGUUUUCAGUUGGAACUGUUCUUGUUUCAAGUAGUGAAAUUGCAACGUUGGUGGAAGAAUCUCAUGUUACAUAAAUUGAUGACAAAGUCUGCCAUCAUUAUACAGUCUCACAUCCGUGGGUGGAUAGCCAGGCGAAAGACCAUUGUUUAUAAACAUUAUAUUAUUGUUAUACAGUCCCACUGGAAAGGUUACGUUGCACGUAAGCAGUCAACAAAAAAACUAAUGGAUUUGCGCUCAAGACUACAAGAAUCUUCCAAAAAUAUUGAUGACAGCAAACGUCUCAUAAACAGACUCUUAGCAGCACUUUCGCAGCUACUUAAUAUGAAGAGUCUUAGUGACAUCCUUCAUACUUGUUCAACACUGGAUUUGGCGACAGGACAUUCUCAGAGAUGUUGUGAAGAACUUGUGGCCGCUGGGGCCAUUGAUACCUUGCUGAGACUUAUUCAAACAAUCAGCAGGAGUAUCCCUGAUCAGGAGGUUUUGAAGCAUGUUUUGUCAACUCUCCGAAAUCUUGCUCGCUAUCCUCAUCUGCUAGAAGUUCUGAUACAAAGACACAAUUCUAUACAGACAAUCGUCCUGGAGUUACUGAGGAAUAAGGAAGAGGGCUUCUUCAUUGCUUCUGAGCUUUUGAAGAAGAUAUGCUCAACUCACAAAGGCGUUGAUGCCAUACUCAAAUCCCCUGCCUUACUAAAGAGACUGCGCAGUCUUGUUGAGGAGCUUACUAGAAAGACCACUUACCAGAAAAGAAAUGUUCGGGGUCCUACUCCUAGUUCAGCUGUUAUUGUUAGAGAAAACACAGAUAGAAGAUUGAAGGAGGCUACUGAGAUUCUAAAGCUGCUAAUUCACCCUUGAAGUUUUUUCUGUGAAGUACUGCUAUGUACAAAUCUUGGCAUGCAUCCUUUCCUCAUCUCGUGGAUUUGGAGGGAAAUUUCUUAACAUCAGAUUUAAACCUCAUGUACAUUACCUAUAUUAUGUACUAACAGUAACACCCUAAUCCAAGUUCUUGGGGCAAACACACCCUUAUGUUGUAUGCAUUUUAACAUAAAAUCCAAGUGAAUCAAUCAAACAAAAUAUUUUCUUAUAAUAUUUUUUUUUUAAAUAUUGAUUCAACCCAAUUGCUGCAUGGAUUCAUGCUUCUUGUUAUUAAGAUAUCAAAUAGUUCACAACGCUGUGUAAUUUUAAUUAUUUGAAGGAUUGAUUCAGAUUUUGAC